CAAAUCUACACGUUUUUUCUAGGCCGCGUUUGCCAUCUUUGUGCAUUUAUACACAAGUAACUGGGUUGACGACAUCAUGAGUUGUUUUCGAUUUUGGGACAUCGACACAGCUGGCGAAAAAAUUAAAAUCAAAAUUAAGAAGGAAAUGCAGAUACUUACAACUUUUGUAAUCUCUAAUACGACGGUAGCCUUAUUAUGGAUAAGUCUAGUUACAUUCGUUUAUUCUUCGUUCGCUAUUCUUCCACCUAGAAAUUUUCUUCUAUGUGCAUGUGACUGCUUGUUCUUAAUUAUAAAAUUAACAUCUCACGUGAUCGUUUUGGCCAUGAUAGCUCACCCAUUUCAAAUACUUUAUAUAACUCAACACGCAAAGUUCCAAAUGUAUUUGUUCAACAAGUAUGUUGAGGAAGUUUGUUGUGUGCGCGAAGAAGAAAAUAUAGAAGAAAGUUUAGUGGACGAUGAAAUAUACCAACAAGAAGUUAGACUUAGACUGAAGUUUCUAGUAAGAAGACACUGCGAUUUCAAGAGGCACGAGUAAAUUUCAGAAAUUUCACAAAAUAUCUUUUGUCUUAUUUCCAGAUGGAGAAUUCGCACUCUAGAAAUUGUUCACAGCCUCAUAAUACCAUUCAGUGUGGCCGUUGGUUUUAUUUUAUUUAUGGCCAUGUUUUCUUUCUUGACUACGACAGAGUCGACGACAAUUAAUACAUGCUGCAACGCACUUUUUGGUUUCCUCGCUGGGUCCGGUUUUGUUACUAUGAUUAUUUGCGGCGAAACUUUACAAGACGAAUCUGAUAACACAUUCACAACACUCGUGAUGACAAAAUGGUAUAAUUUCAACUGCGCAAAUCGAAAAACCUUUCUCUUGAUGUUGUGCAACAGUAUGGAGCCCAUAAAUCUCAACUUUUCAAAAGAAAUAGCCAUAAACUAUGGUCUAGGAGUGACUAUUUUCAAAGCGGUAUACUCGACCAUCUCAGUUUUCUAUUAACAAACAAAACAAAAUAAAAGAGACGAAGAAACUAUUAACAAAGUUUUCUUUUCAUUAACCUUAAAUAUACCUGUGGUGAAUGGACAAUCUACCCAAAUCA